AUGUAUAUUACGAACAGGGAGCAUGGUCAUUUUGUCCAGCUGUGUCUGAAGAUGCUGAGCACACACCUGUCCCUGGCUCAGGUGGGAGGGAUGACAUGUACAGUGCUGGGAAACCAGGCCCCACUGCUGAGAAAUCUUCUGUUCCGACUCCUGGAUUCCAACAUUCCAGACAGUAUUAGAGAGGCUGUAUCGGAAAUCUUGAAGGUUGGGGCCUCCCUUCUCCUCCCACCCCUCAGAGAAAGGAUGGAGCUGUUGCACUCCCUUCUGCCCCAGGGGCAGGGACGGUGGGACAGCCUAUCCAGGGGAAAGCAAAUGCAGUUGAGUUUGAUAUUGACGAGUCUCUAUGAUAACAAUCACAUAUCCACAUUGCUGGGAUUCUCGGAUUCUGCUGACCAUGUGACUUCAUCCCAGCCCUGUGAUGGGUCUGUGGAUUUGAUGCUGGCUGAAAUACUCAUGAAAACAAUUCUCAGAAAUCUAGCCAAUGAAACAGAGGAAGCUUUAGAUGACCUGGAGAAGAACUUGGACAAGGAGUUUGAGCACAAGAUGUUCAUGAUGGCCUUCCCCCACCUUCACAACCUGCUGUCCUCCCUACAGAAGCACUUGUUGGCCUACUGCUUCACCCAGCAGCCAUGGAAGCCCCACACCUCACCAGCGGCAGAGCUUCUGUUCAAGCACACAUCACUGAUGUUCACCGUCACCAAGAGCCUGCUGGAUAAAGCACUUGUACUGAUGCAGCAUGAGAACUGCAAUAGCAGUGUGAUCAUUGCCAUUGAAGAUAUUCUGUACAACUCCCCAGCAGGAACCAUGAUGUUCCACAUCAUCAACGCUCUGUUACUGCUGCCUCUGGACUGGAUCAGUGAAAUGUUACCUGACAUUCUGCCCCUGCUCUCUGUAAUUGACUGCCUCUGUAAAAUGUUACCAGAGAUCCAGAGUUUUGAGGCCUUUGAAUCGGAGGACAACACAGAGGAGAUCCCAGAGAAAUGGUCCUGGCUGGUGGACAUGGAGAGAACCUGUGCCACUCUGAUAGGGCAAUGUCUGGGGGGAAUGUUAGUAGGCGACCAGAUGUCCAAACAGGAGAAGAGUUGCCUCCCUUGGCUCGAGAACCCAGUGUUUGGAAACGGUGCUGAGAUGAGCUCAAACCAAACUGAGGAAGCCAUUCAUGUAGUUCUGGAUUGUAUCAGCAAGCACCAGCUGGUAGGACUGGAGGAUUUAAAUCUGAGUGCUGAUGAAAUAAUGCUCCUUGAGUUCUGUUGUGGACUCAAGUCUGAGGCAACAGAUAAUCUCUGGGAAACUAUGCAGGAUUAUGCUUCCAAAGAAGACUGGGACACAUCAGAAAUCAGCAAUGAUGAGGAACUGGACACUGUUACCCGAUGUCUGCUGUCUGCUCUACUGAAGCAUUGCAAUCUAGUCAAAGUCGCUCUUUAUCGCAGAAACCCACCCAAGACUCUGCUAGUCAUUUUCCAGUACAUCUACAGAGUCAGAAGCUGCCUGAUGCAGCACCACAAGGCUAAGGGGGGUGUCCCACUCAGACAGAGGCAGCAAUCCCUGGAGGAGGGGGAAAAUAAGUCCCCAGACUCUGGCCACGCCCACCAGAAGAUAGAGAUCUUGGAGGCGGAGAAGUCUCCGGGGAAUGAAAACGAUCAGGAGAGGGAGGAGGCUGUUUCUGAUGGAGCCAUAUCAGAUGAUGAAGGAACCAUUAAAGAUUCCCCACAGAUUGUGAAGGAGACAACGUUUGAGGAGGAGUGUAAGAAAUAUCAGCAGCGGUGCUUGUUUCUGUUGCUAGGAGUGAGACCCGCCGUCACAGAAACCUUAUCUCUCUCCCAUAUGAAGAAAUCUGAGGAACCGCAGCCAGAAUGUAGCAGAUCUUCAGAAACUACUCUAUCACCAGAUGUCAGACUCAAGAGAAGAGGAAGUGUUCCAGAUUUGUCUCCUUCUAGUAAAUUCAUCAUAGAACAACAGACAGGAGCACUAAGACGGAAUGAGGAUGGGAGAGAUGGAACCUCAACACCUGAUCAUAACCAAAGAGAUACUAAUGUGGCAUCCCUACAGAGAGUAAAGGAAAUGUUGCGACGUCUUCGGUGGCAGCAGGAGCGCUCCACAAUUCCACACAGUCACCACAAAUCUCACAGCAUCAAGAACUUUGUACAGCAGAUAGCAUCAGAUCUGUGUAGGUUUGUGUGUGGAGAAAAAGCAGGAAAUCCAGUCCUGAGUCAAGAGUCCUCAUUCUCCUGGGAAGUGGAGCCUGUAGAAAUGGCACUAGCCUUGGACGAUCAACAGAAAAAAGCUGAGUCAAGAUUGAGAGCAUUAAAUCAAAUAAAGGAGCUGCUGUCUACAAACAAUGCCAAAACAGAAUGGGAGACGAGCCCCACUCCAUCCACCCUACUCAGCUCCGCCCACGUACAGCUCAUGAUGGGCUGCUUCAGCUUCGGUAAUCCCAAAGAGAUGGCUCUUCAAAGUGCUCAGCUCUACCAUUAUCAGGAUGAGAUUCGAGCUGCUAAAACAGAAGUACAACAAGACAUUCAGCUGACCGUUCAUCAGAUUUACGAACUAUUGGUGUCGGCUCUCAUCCAAACUGACAAAUGUACCACCAUCAAACAAGGAGAGUCUAAGAAACUGCUGCUGUGGACCAUAUUCUCCCUGACCAUGAAGUAUGGGCCCUCAGACAUCUCCCUCGCAGUGUCCUGUGGACUCCUACCUCUCCUGUUUAAGCUGACUCUGGGGAGUUCCAAAAUGACCUACCUGAUACCUGUACCCAAGAGAAGCCUCAGUCCCGCCCAGUUUGACCUGAUUCUCCACUGCUCCAGUAACAACUUACUCAACCUGAUAACGCUGACUUCUGGGGCUUACUGUGACAAGCUGGGAAGUGGUGUGGUACAGUGUAUCGUGGACCUGCUGUGGAACCAGCUCACUCACAUCUGGUCAACGGGAAAUACUUCCAGCCAAGAGAUCCAGGACAGUGGCUGGCAGUCCUCGCUGGGGAACUUCCUGCUGUUCCUGAAGAGAGUGGCUGCAGCAUCUGCCAUACAGAAACACCUGACAUCCAGGAAGUGGAUAUCCCGGAUCCUAGCCAUGACCGGACAGUUUGAUGAGUCAGGCAGCAUUAUUCUUAGCAACAUGAGAUCCAGGCUGAUAGCUUUCAGUGUGCUGGAGAUGAUUCUAAGUUCAUGCGGGAAAGAUACAGAUUCAAAUUACAUGCAGGAGAUUGUGGAGGAUCUCUUCCAGUGUCUAGCAGACAACAUGUGGAAGAUUCCACAACAGCUGGAGCUACAGAAGGCCCAGGAGAAGAAGUGCAGCCUCCAGUGGAAACUUUCAGCCGGCUCAGAAUUCAAUCUGGACAAGGAAAUGGACUCCGAGGAGACAAAGAUCAUGAUGCAGAAUGCAACGUUUGAUACAGACAAGUGUCUGAACUGUACCACAGAGAGUCCUCAGGUGCUGGUGCACUCUACAUCAGGGAAAGGUUAUGGACUGGGCUCUACAGCGAUGGUGUCUGGAUGUUACAAGUGGAAGAUUCUGAUAGUGAAGGAAAAUAAAGGCAAUGAGGGGACCUGUGUGGGCGUGUCUAAGUGGCCAAUCCGUGACUACACCCACCGCACCACCACAGACAUGUGGCUGUACAGAGCCUACAGCGGGAACCUGUACCACGGGGGAGAACAAACCGUGGCCCUCAAUGGCUUCACCCAGGGCGACUUCAUCACCGUGGUGCUGGACAUGGAUGCCAAGACCCUAGCCUUUGGAAAGAAUGGAGAGGAUCCAAGGAUUGCAUUUGAGGACAUUGAUGCCUCAGAACUCUAUCCCUGUGUUAUGUUUUACAGUGGAACACCUGGUGAAAAGAUCAAAAUGACAGACAUGCAGAUCUGUGAAGGAAACAAAGAACUUCUGCCUGGAGACCCGCUGUGUGCCCCGGUCACAUCAGCUAUCAUGGAGGCCAACAUCUGUAUGAUGAGGCGGCUCCACCAGAGUGAGGUGUGGGGGCCCCCCAUCAACCGGAAGGUCAUCGACCAGCUCACCAAAAUCAAGGACCUUGAGAAAUCCCAUAAACUUGAUGAUAUGGCUCAAAGUUCUGACUCAAAAGAAAAUAAAAAUGACUCAAAAGAAAAUAAAAAUGAACAUUCAGAACCUCAAGAGCAGGCAACAAACAAGCCUGAUGUGGACCAGGAGAAAUCUCCGGAUCAGAAAGAUGGGAAGAAGGAAGGAUCGGAGAGUCCAGAGGAAGACAUGGAUAUCAUUGUAGACUAUACUGAUGAAGAAACAGUGAAAACACUGUGUUCACAGGUGUGGCCUAGCUUGGUUCUGAUUGGUGGAUUAGAUCCGGGACUGCGGGUAGGUGGCAGCUGUAGACACAAGACUACGUCAAAGAAGGGGACAUUAAUGGGCGUGUCAAGGGAGGGGUCAGCCACGGUCAAAGUUCACUGGGACGACGGGGACAGCACUGUCAGUGAUGUGUUGCUAACCAAGAUAGAUGCAAUUGACCCUGAGCCAUUUCAAGCCAGUAGUUUGAAUGGACUGAAUGCUAGACAUCUAGAGUCAUUGAUGAAGCUCGCUUGCUUAACAGAAGACGUACCUGCAGCAUUUACCAACCUGUACUCCAAUAGAGUUAAAGCCAGUCUCCAGACGACCAAACAGACAGAAGUGGAGAGUGCCAGAGAAACUAAUGCACUUAUGAGAAAAUUGGAUGAGGACAUUGCCCGAGUCCUAGAACAAGAGCAGAUGUCCUUUACUGGGGUCGAUCACAACGCGGACAAGAAAACUGUCAAGGCGCCUCUAGUUCAGCUGGAGACUUUUGAUCUUGAUGGUACAGAGGACACAGCUAGUAGCACCUCCUCCAACGCCUCACCCAGAUUCCCGGAUUUGGCAGGUGCAGAUGUUAACCUGGCAUCUGCUGGUAAUUCUACCUGUACAUCUUUGGAUGCAGCCAUUAAAAUGGCCCAACAUAAUGCCCAGAAGACAGAUUUCAGUGUGUCGUCCCAGGAGUCUUUGAUGGAGCCUGAGAAAGGGGAAACAUUGCCUGUUGUGGAGGAGACAGAGGAAGAAGAGGACUCUUUGUCUGACUUCCAGCUUAUGCAGAGGUCCUUCAUUCAAGUCUCGGCCUUGAAAGCCCUGAAUGUGAUCAUACAGUGUAAUAAAUUCACCGAGAUGUUACUGGUUCCAAAGUCAGAUCUGAUGGCAGAUUCCAGCAAAGCCUUAGUGGAUGGCACUGUCGUGAGGCGAGAUGAGGACUUCAAGUGUGGACUAAGGUCCUUGAUGAGGAAAAUGGUGAAGAUUUCGCUGGGUAACGCUUCCUUGUUGAAGGUGUUCACAGUGGCCGACCUGGAGAGAGCCCAGUCUGUGUUGUACCAGGUGCUCACCAGGAAAAACGCUGAAGAAGAUGCUGGAAUACCAGAACUAAAAGCUAAAGUUAGUCAUAGUGGGACAUCUACCAGUAAUCCUACCCCAGAAGUCAAACCAAGAGAGACUCCAUUCCCAUUUAAAAGGCUUGAGGGAGAUCUAGGCACUUUCAUUAUCCCACCUCCAAUGAUACCAAAUCUUCCACAAGAUUUGACAGAAGAAGAGAUUGACAUGUCUCCGGACUCACUCAGAUCCAACAUGCAACAAACUUCUAUCCUCCAGUUCUUAAGAAGAGCAAAUGGAGGAGGUAGUAAUACGUCUCCCAGAAACCAGAGAAAUGUGGCACCCUUGGCCUCUGCUGACUACACAUCACCCCCAGCUAAUGAUGAGGAGGAGAUAGAGCCACCCCCACUCCCUGCCCCCAGGAGAUACUCGUCCUCUGUGACCCCGCCCCCAAUCUGGAACAGAAUGAUUGGUAGUGCUGCCAAGAAACCACCACACCCCCCAGUGAGGGCGAGAUCACCAUCUCCCCCACCACCUCCUAUUGCUGCACCUCUGCUAGAGAUGGGCUUCACCAUACAGGCCAUUAAAAAAGCCAUCAGGGAAACAAGUGUGAAUGGGAGGGAAGUAUCAGCCAGUGGCAUCAACACCUUGGCAAUGUGGAUGCUGGAGCACCCAGAGAGUGGUGCUGAGCCCACCCCCUCAAAAUCCAGAGAAAUAAACAGGAGGGGCAGCCUGGAGUCCCUGGACAGAAGGGGACUGAGGAGACGUCGACCAUUGUCUAGCCAGGAGAUCAACACGAGGGGAGCUGAGGACAAUGUAGAAGAGCCAGAGAACUUUGGGUCGCUGUUCUUACGUAGACAGAGGCCCCUCACAAGAACUCGGCAUAUCAAUCUUAGAAGUAUCGGCAAUCUAGACAAUGAUGAUGACGAUAUCCCACGCUCUGAGAUGCCCCAGCCCACGGGAGAGGAGGGACUGUCCCUGUCUGACUACUACAAUGUGUCGGGUGUCAGUCAGGACUACAGCGAGUCCAUGCUCCGCCCACACUCCCUGGCCGAUCUGUACGACAACAUUCUGGAGCUGCAGGACGAGAUCUGUAACCAUGACGACAGCAUCGAGGAUCUGUUCAACUCGGAUCAUACAGAACACAGGGACACGUGGGACUUGUUUAACGCCUUGAGACGAGAGCUGGAGGAACAGACAACGGUCACAUGUGAGCUGUGUCAACAAGAGACAUCCAACUUCAACAGACACAUGAGGAGUGACCACCCAGGCUGUAUGGGAAGCUGUGCCCAGCAUGGCUACAGAAGUAACGGUGUCUAUGUGGACGGUUGGUUCGGGGGUCGGUGUGGGUCGGGUCAUCCGUUUUACCUGAUGUGUCCGGACUGUAGGGAGAGAUAUCUGGAGGUCCGAGGGAACCGGGAGAAUCUCCAGCACUCAGCUGAUGUGUCCGACAGUCAGUCCAGUCUCCGGGCCCCAGACCUACUGGACUACAUAGAGCAGGCCUACAGUGAGCCAAUGCCAAUGUUUUCUGAUGUCAGCCAGAACAAGCCAGUUAUUGAGAAAAUGGAUGUUUUGAUGCCUAAGAUUGGGCUGAGUGAUCAAAAGCCUGUUCCUGAGCCAGUCAAAUUCUCAGAGGGCGACCCACUGGGCUCAAACCUCCUCAAAUCAGCAACAUCAUCAGGGGAUGUCCUGAUGACCCUCUCAUCUUUUGCCAAGGGUAGUCGACCGGAUAGUCGCAGUAAGACACUGGGGGAGCAGGCUUCCUACAUCAGGACAGGGGAGGACCGGAGGAUGUCCCUGUACAGAAUAACCUCCACCAUGCAGAUCAUGAUUGCCCGGUCCAUGGUCACCAAAGUCCUGUCUGUACUGGCAUCCAGUGGGCCAAACUGCAGUUUGCCUUCAGCGUUGGACUAUAUUGGUCUGUCUGACAUCAUGACCCUAGUCCAGUUCAUGUGUCUGUGUGCCACGGGGAAGGUUUUGUACCCCCUGAACUGUCAGCCCCGGGACUCAGCCGAGAGCCUGGGUCACCUGACCACUGCCAUAGGUACACUGGUACAGGAUAGCCCCGCCUCCCUCAGACAGCUCAUACAGCUAUGUACUCAGGAGUUGAUGUUGGCAUCAAUGGGAGGAAACAAAGGUGAUGUGAGGAAGAAAACAAAGACGCCCACCCCCACACAACCCUCCUCCAUGUUCACAGUCACCCAGUCUCUAGUGACCCUCCUGACACGCAAUAAGUGGGUCAGCAGUGUCAGCUGGAUGUCACAGAGCACCCCUUCUGCUGGCUCAAUAGACUCUGACUUGCCAUCCUCUCCACAAUCCUCUGAGCCGGGGAGGGAGGACUCACCCCUGAAUCUGAUCAAUGCACUGGCAGCCUGUGUGCUCUCUGCCAAGUUAUCUCCCUUGUACAAGCAGUGGGCUGUAAAGGAGUUCAUACAGUGUUUGUCCUCCCAGUCGACAAGUCGGCCCAGUCAGCUGGUGAAUCAGGUGGACUGGGGGGGAGACAUGGGCUCCUGCCCUGUGUACAAGCUGGAGGCCCACCAGAACCGCCUGGCCCACUGUGUGUGGAGCAGCAAGAAGAACAUGCUGGCCACCAGUGGGUAUGACGGCACUCUGCGAGUGUGGAGCCUGCCUAACAGGACCCACCAUUUCCUCCAGCAGACCUGUAUCUUUAACCGGGGCGAGGAGGACUGUGAGGAACUGAACGGUAACCUCCUGACCUGUAUCUGUUGGAGCAGCACCGGGAAAUACUUGGCAGGAGCCAUGGACAACAUUGUCAAUAUCUGGACCACUGGUGGUGGGAAAGGUCACAUGGAUGUCCAGCCUCACUUCGUGUCUGUGCUGACCUGGCCGGAACACAAGGGGAUGGUAGGUGGCUGCCUUGGGCUGACCACUGACUCCCUUCUGAUUGGUCGACUGGACGGUACCCUGGCCUACAUAGAUGUGUUUGACAGCUCCAGCUUCAAGAGGCAUGAGCUGGAGCACUGCUACAGAGAAAAUGUGUCGGUGACACAGAUAGCAUGGUUUGAGGAGGACAGACCCUUUGCUGUUUCCUACAGUGAUGGAGUUAUUUCCCUUUGCACUAAAUUGGAAAUAGAUUGUCCCCAAGAUACAAAAGCAUUUGAUAGCCCAAUCAUGUGUAUGAAGUGGGACCCCACCGGCCACAUGCUGGCCUCAUGUGCUGAGGGUGAGACAGACAUCAAGAUCUGGGUGGGGAGGCAGGGGCUGAGCCUGGCCGUCCGACUGGAACACAGGGCAGAGGUGACCUGUCUACAGUGGUGCCCCACCCUGGGGAAGGGUGAAAAGAAGGAGCUGAUGAUGGCAAGUGGCUGCUGUGAUGGUUUAGUCAGUGUGUGGGUGCUGAACCAGCUGACUGGAAGUGAAUCUAAUUUGUCUCCCUUUAAUUACCAAUCUGAUACCAUUCUUGAGGAAGAUGAGGAGUUUUACAACCCAGUGACCUCAGUCGGGGCUUUUUUAACGGUACAAGGACAUGUCAGCACUGUGACAUCACUGGUGUUCUGUCCCUCGGGACUGAUGCUGGCCUCAGGCUGUGAUCGGGGAUGGCUCAAUAUCUGGUCUAUAUGUGAUGGGACAGUUCUACAGACUCACAUGGAGAAUGGAAUGGUCAAUGACUUAUGUUGGUAUGCAGAGCAUGGACUAGCAGCUUGUUUUAGCAAAUCCAAAGAUGUGGUGAUUCUGCACUACACCUCUGACAUGUUAGAGAAGCACCGCACUCUGUCAGUGUGUAGGAAGUCCCUGAAACAGCAGGGGGUCUGGGGGCUGACCCAGGCUCCCUUCCUCCUUAGUCUGCUCCAAAAGUUACCCACCUUACUGCAGGACCAAUACUUAUAUGAAAAGCCUAAGGUGGUGUCUGGCCAACAGUUGGUACACAGCUCCUACAUGCAACAUCUAGCCAUCCUAGCUGUGGGACUAGAAUUAGAUAAACCCUUGUGUCACGAGCUGUAUGCCCCUCAUAACAUAAGCUCUGUAAACUCUCGAGAACUAGUCAUUCCAGAGUGGCAGUGGCUGCUCUCCUUCUCAUCUGCCGUCAAGUCCGCGGAGGCCCUGUCCAACAGAACAGCCUUCCCAGAAUCCUUCAGGAUGCUCAACAAAGACACACGUUCAUGUCAGGCACAAUCCUGGGACAAUACAAGAUGGGAUCUGAACAUGGAUGUACAGAUAAUGAACUGGGCGAUGCAGAAACCAGAGGACUGGCUUAUUGGGGGGAAGUGUGAGGCCUUCCUGUGGGGUAGUGGCAGAAAUGGACAGAUGUGUGAGGGAGGCAGGGGGGCUUUUGUUCCUGUCAGGGUCCCCUCUUUCUCAUGUUCUCAGCAGAUUGUCUGUGGACAGAACUGUACCUUUGUGGUACAGAACAAUGGGACUGUGUUGGCCUGUGGGGAGGGGAGUUAUGGUCGCCUGGGGCAGGGGAAUUCAGACGACCUUCAUUCACUGACGGCAAUUUCAUCAAUACAAGGCUUUGUAGUGACCCAGUUAGCUACUUCUGUGGGGUCAGAUGGUCACACCCUGGCUGUGACAGAGAGUGGGGAGGUCUUCUCCUGGGGUGACGGGGACUAUGGUAAACUAGGUCAUGGGAACAGUGACCGACAAAGAAGACCAAGACAGAUAGAGGCCCUGCAAGGGGAAGAAGUAAUUCAGCUGUCCUGCGGAUUCAAACACAGUGCCGUGGUGACCGCUGAUGGUAAACUGUUCACCUUUGGUAAUGGUGACUAUGGCAGGCUGGGUCUUGGAACCACCACCAAUAAGAAGGUCCCCACCAGGGUGGUAGCUCUGGAGUCACACCAGAUUGGCUAUGUUGCCUGUGGAUUGAACCACACCCUUUGUGUAUCAGCUGAUGGAACCAAUGUUUGGGCAUUUGGGGAUGGUGACUUUGGGAAAUUAGGUCAAGGUAACACUGUUGGAAAGCAUCUACCCACCAAGAUAAAGGCACUCCAGGGACAUGUAAUAAAGAAAGUGGCAUGUGGAACUCAGUUCUCUGUUGCUCUCAGCAAGUACGGAAAAGUCUUCACAUGGGGGCAAGAGAGGCUAAUAGGGCAACCCGACACAAGAGGAGGGAGUAACUGUCAGCCCCAGGAGGUUGCCUCCCUUUCUGGCUACUUCAUUGAGGAUGUAGUCUGUGGGGCAGAACACACCCUGGUCCUGACCAGUGACGGUGAUGUGUGGGGAUGGGGCAGCAACAGUGAGGGACAGCUUGGCCUGGGACACACCAACUCCCCUGUCAGAGAGCCCCAGCUGGUGCCAUGUCUGACCGGAAAAAAUAUCAGACAGAUAUCUGCUGGUAGGACCCACAGUGCUGCCUGGACUACCCCAUGCCCUCCCCAGAGGAUCCCGGGGGUGCCGGUCCCUCUACAGUUAGGGACCCCCGAUAAGAUCCCAGCUAGCUGCAGUACCCUGAGGGAAUGUCCGAUAGAGGACAUUCAAGGUCGUCUGAAACUGCUGCAUCACUUCUCCGAUCUCAUCUACUCCUCCUGGAGACUCUUACCCUUGACAACCAUUGCUCAGGGUGAGAUGCCUGGUUAUGCCUGUGGGAUGUCAGGUAUAGUGGAUGGAAGAUUGCGACCUUUGCUUUCCCCACGAGUCUUCUCUCUACCCAUGGUCAGAGCUAUCGGUAAAACUAUGGUACAGGGGAAGAACUAUGGGCCCCCAAUCACUGUCAAAAGGCUCUCCACAAGAGGAAAGAAGUGCAAGCCAGUGUUCACCCAAAUAGGUCAGCAGGUCAUCAAGUUGAGAGCUGAGGACCUGAGGCUCCCAGCCCGUGCCUGGAAGGUCAAACUGAUCGGAGAGGGGGCGGACGAUGCUGGGGGAGUGUUCGAUGAUACCAUCACAGAAAUGUGUCAGGAGCUAGAAACUGGAGUUGUUCCUUUCUUUAUUCCAACCCCAAAUGCCAGAAAUGAAUCCGGAAAUAACAGAGACAGGUUUCUAUUGAACCCAGCGUGUUCUGGAGAAGAUGACUUUGCAAUGUUUAAGUUCCUGGGGGUACUGUUUGGGGUGGCCAUAAGAACAAAGAAACCCCUGGAUCUCCACCUGGCACCCAGUGUGUGGAAACUCCUGGUCGGAAUUUCCCUGAGAUUGGACGACAUUGAAGAGACUGACCAUAUUUACAUUCAAAGCUUGAGAGGAAUAUUGGAUAUACAUGAAAGUGGUGUUAAUGAAACUAAUUUCCAUGAGUUCAUUCCGCUGGACUGCUUUGAGGGACAGAGUGCUGAUGGCAGUUUGGUUCCUGUCAUUCCAGGGGGAGGAACUCUUCAGCUCAACUUCAAUAAUCGCCGCGAGUAUGUGGAGGCCGUGCUGAAUUACAGGCUGCAGGAAAUGAACCGACAGGCUGCUGCUGUGCGUGAAGGCAUGUCCUGGAUUAUCCCGGUCCCACUUCUGACUUUGUUGACCCCUAAAAACCUGGAACAGCUGGUCUGUGGGAUGGAGGAAAUGUCAGUAGAUGUCCUGAGGAAGGUGGUCAGAUACCGGGGAAUUGAUGAGAAGAAUGAAGUAGUCUGUUGGUUUUGGGAGGUUCUGGAUUCGUUCAGCAAUGAGGAGAGGAUACAGUUCCUUAGAUUUGUCUCUGGAAGAACUCGUCUGCCUGCUAACCCCUCAGAUAUAUCCCAGAGAUUUCAGAUAAUGAAUUCAGACAGGGGUGCAAGCUGCUUGCCAACGUCUCAAACUUGCUUCUUCCAACUCCGCCUUCCAAAUUAUCCAAGUAAGGAAAUUCUAGCAGAAAAAUUACGGUAUGCCAUAUUCAACUGUCGAUCCAUAGACAUGGAUAAUUACAUGCUAACUAGAAACGCCGAAAAUCAGGGGAUGUCUGACGAAGAUACCGAUGAGGAGCUUACCUUCCUGUUCCAGCCGUUAUGAUAGCUGGAAGACGUAAUGGAUGAGAUAGAGGAAGAUGAACCCAGGGACAACCAUUAUAACUCCAAGAUUACACGACUGAAUUGUAACCCAACAGACAUUUUUGGCCGGCAUUAUUUGUGUCCAACAACAAGACCAGCUAACCUGGACAGGUGUUUAGGGAACUGGUCAGUAGCCCUCAGCGGGCAUUGAUAGUUAUAACCUCGUGAUUCAGUGACUUACAAAUAGUCAAUGUGAGUGACAUAAGUGAGAUAAUAUCACGUUCGACUUUCUUUUCCUUUUAAUUUUAAGUUAUUUUUUUUCUUUGAGUGUCUGUGAUACUUGUUGUUAAUUUGUUAGUUUGCUUCAGCAUUAAAUUUUCCUCAUGCCUGACAAUAA